ACCUCUUUCUCUAACUUCCUUCCCAAUUUACAACUACACCUCACUCACUUCCCGGGUUGCUUCACCAAAUUUCUCACACUUCACCAAAAUUCCAUACCUAUUUUACUUGUUUCACAAAUCAUUGCUUAAUAAUUCAGCAUUUCUGUUUCCGGAGUUCUUUUUUGGCGGUGAAAAGGCACUUUUUCUGUGUGUGUGAUGGUGUAGCGGAUUUAUUGAUUGAGUUUCAGGAGAAGUCUCUCGAAAGCUGAGUGGAAUCUGUGCUGUUAAUGGAGGCGGAGGGAGCUCGAGCGGAGAACCGGAGCCUCAGGUUCGACGCGGUGUCCAUGGAGAGAAGUAAGAGCUUUGUUACUGCAUUACAGGAUCUCAAGAACCUCAGGCCUCAACUAUACUCUGCUGCAGAAUACUGUGAGAAGUCCUACCUUCACAGUGAGGAAAAACAAAUGGUGUUGGACAAUCUUAAGGAUUAUGCUGUACGAGCUCUAGUGAAUGCUAUCGACCACCUUGGUACUGUUGCUUACAAGCUGGGUGAUAUCCUGGAACAACAGACAUCAGACAUCUCAUCAAUGGAGCUUAAAGUUACUUGUCUAAAUCAGCAACUGCUUACAUGCCAAAUAUAUACGGAAAAAGAAGGUCUUAGGCAGCAGCAGUUAUUAGCUAUCAUCCCAAGGCAUCACAAACAUUAUAUCUUGCCAAAUUCUGUGAACAAGAAGGUGCACUUUAACCCACAUAUACAGACUGAUCCUAGGCAACCUGCACUGGCAAGAGCCCGUCUUUAUCAUGCAGGUGCUACAGCCGCAAAAACUCUCUCUUGGCAUUUAGCAUCUGAAACCAAGUCAACUUUGAAAGGCUCUGUACGUAGUAUUUUAAGCAAUGAAAACUCGCAAACAUAUGGGAGAACCUCUGGGAUACCCAGCAUGUCAGAUAUUGAAGAGAAUGCACGGAUGAAAUCCACACCGGCUUCAAGUGCAGCGAUGCAAAAACUGGGUGUUGUACAACAGGAUGCUUUUGAGGGCUCGAAACCUCUGACUCCAUUCCGGUCAUUUGACAAUCUUACACAAAGAGAAAUAGUUCGACCCCCUGUUCGCAGCAGGAGUGUGCUCUCAGCUUUCUUUGUGAAGCAAAAGACACCAAAGUUGAGGACGGGCGCAUAACUCCUCGACCAAACUAUAAUCUAGAUCGUUUCAGAUUUUGCAUCAGGUUAGAGUCUAUGGAUAUGGACAUCCUCUUUCGAUCAAUCAUUAACUAGUAGUUGGCUGUAUCUUAUCAUCCAAUCUUUCCCUGUUGUGCAUCAAUAAACUAGCAGUCAGUCAGGUAGAAUGACGAGCCUUUUCUUUUCUUGAUUUAUAUUUUGUAGUAUUAAUAUAAAUUUCUGUAUUUUCUAAACAUUUUGUGUUAAUAUAAACGUGUCAUGAACACAUCUCUAUGUAAUCGUGUCUUGUUGUGUUUGAA